UUGACUCGCCGAGUGUGUGUGUGUGUGUGUGUGGAGCUGCUGAAAUACGCCAGCUGUUUUAUCUGCGGGAUCAUCACAGCCGCCUCUGUUACUAUCUCACAGGGCAGUUUUGAUGGGAAAUGCAUGUUGUACGGAUCAGUGUGUGAUCCAUCGCUGUGCUUUCAUCCAGUUCUCCUUUCCUUUGUUACUUUGUGUCAGCCAUCUCUGUGUGUGUGUGGCGGUCUUCUGCUUUUCACUCGCUCUCUACUGGAUCUACAUGGCCUGUGUUGACUGAGAGGUGAAAAGGUAAGUCCAGGAAUACAGUAAAUCAUGUGCUAGUGGGUUUGGUUUAGGAAUGAGAACAGAGGUUAUCUGAAGGUACCUCUGUUUCUGUUUCCUGUUAUGCCAUGCUCUAGUAUGAAUGGAUUGCAGGAGGUACUCUAAACGGACGUGAUGCAAACUCAUAAAAAUAAGUUGUUAGUAUUAAGAUAUGUGAUAUCACGGUCAGUCAGAAAUGUAUACUUCCAUUUAAAUAACGAUGCAAUAAAUUGAUCAAAAGUGAUUGAAAUAAAAAAAUUAAAAAGCACAAUUGUUGUCCGAUUUGGUAUUAAUGUAUUUUUUUUAAACACCAAAUCAGCAAUUGAUUUCUGAAGAAAAUCAAAAUAGAAAAUAUAUUAAAAUAGAAAAAACUUUUUAAAAAUUGUAAUAACAUUUCACUUUAACAUAACAUAAUAACAUAUUACUUUUUUACCAUAGUUUAAUCAAAUAAAUGCAGCCUUGGUGAGCAAAAAUAUUAACUACAAAAAUGAGUGACAGUUAAAUAGUAGUGUGUAUAUAUAUGUCUUCAUAACAAGCUGUUAUUGCAUUAUGAUCUAAACAAAAUUAUAAGAAUCCCCUCAAUGCACCAUUAUUAAAUGGAAAAACUAGGAAAAAACUUUUUUUAGGGUGUGAAACCUUGUUCAUAUGAACAGAUGACGUCUUUUUCAUUACAACUCAUGAAAAAUAAAUGCAGUUUAAGCUCAGUUUAAAUACAUUAAGAUAAAAAAAUUAUAAUUGUAACUAUAUUUUAUUUUCUAAAAUGUAAUGCAAACAAUGUGCAAUGUUGUCUGAUAUAUCCGAGAGAAAUUAUGGAUGACUGUUACUCUUGGCUUGUCUGGAGUCUUCCUCUUCUUCCUCUUGGUGACGGGAUGCAUCCUGAAAAUCGUCCGAGACAGACUGUGUGACUCAGUGAUUCAAACAGUGAAAAAUAUAACCAGGUGUGAAGAAGCACAAAAUAAGCCUUGGACGAGUCCUAUAAAUGAGAGUCAGUUCUACUCCAGACUACACACUGUAGAGACAGCAGUAUGGGUGAAUUUCUUCUUUUGGCUGAUCAUAGCAGUUCUGGUUCUGCUCCAGCGUAACAAAGGGUCAGAGAUCCGGUCAGAAGGAGAGGACCCAUCAGUGACCCCUUCUGAAACAGAGCCCUUCUUAAACCGCCAGGACAUUCUUAGUGGAUGUCUAAAGCAGUCUUUGUGCCUCUUGAACACACUCACUCACACGUACAUACGCUCGCACUGACAAUCACACUGCUGGCUAGCGGUUGGCUAGCCGAGCCGAGAGGAUUUUGGCAGCUCCAGUAUAUGGGUUUUUACCAAGGGUUAGUAGCCAUGGUUACUGAUCUGAAGCUGGCAGCACAGUCCUGGCAGGUGAUAGUGUGCGGUUGCCAGAUUGGUGGUGUGACCUGAACUGAUUGAGACACGGCUUUAUGCAAAGAGCAUAAUCAAAUCUGACAACAUUGUCAUUGUUUUCAUAUGCAGCAAAACAGUAUAAAAAAUAAACUUGAGGAGUUCAUACUCAAACCUUCAAAAAAAGGACAUUUCAUGAGUACAUAUGUCAAUUCAAAGACUUUUGUAGAAUAGCAACCAUUAAAUUGAACCUAACUGACCUGGAGUCAAAGCAAGUAAACUACUGUACUGUAACUUUUAACUUAAGCCUGCUCUUUGUUAAUGUGCAACAUUUCGCCCUCUGCUGUCUGUUUAUAUGAAUUACUCCAUAAAUCCAAUUAGACGGUGCUCCUGUGCCUAUUUUGUGAGCCAGGACUCUCCCAUAAGUGAUUUUUCCGCCUAAUUUCACAUUUCUCCUACUCGUAGUCCUUAGUGUCCUUAACAUGAGCAAAACUGCUUGAGAGCGUCUUUCCAAGAGUGUUUGGCUAUUAAUCUUGUGCCCAGUAGAGAUGUCAUUUUUUAAUGGCUUUUUCCUGCACACAGCCACGGGAGGUAGGAGUGUGUGUGUGUGUGUGUGUGUGUGUGUGUGUUUGGAAUGACAGGGACAUAAAUCCAUAAUUUAGCUUCUGAUGGUAUCUGCUUUCCACAGGCAAAGUGCCAAAUCUGAGGUGCUGCCCACAGCGCUAAAGUCCUCAGAAACACAGUGUCCUUCCGCCCAUCCCGAAAACACAGUGUCCACAUCCAGUGUCCACUAAAUGCUUCAUCAUCAUCUGAUAAUUUCCCCUCCUUUUUGUCCUGCAACAUUUUGUACAUUUUCAUUUAACUUACUACUAUUGUUUUAUAACUACUGGUUAUGGAUUAUUCACUGACUUUUUUAUGAAUACUAAAUCUUUUGUAUAACCUGCUAUGUCAGAGUUUAUGGAUGUGUGAACAUUUCAAAUAAAUUUUAUUUGUCAA